AUCAGAUUUUGGAACUACAAAGGAGAAAACCGCAAUAAAAUUCAAAUUUACCUUAAUUAAUAUUUGAUUUGUUUACUUUAAAAAAACGGGCUUAUGAGAUUAACUAAGCCUCACAUUUGGUUUGAAUUUACAACAAUGUCUCAACUUUUUAUUCUUGUUUGUUAGAUUUGUUUUCACUUGGUGCUUAAAGUGUGGCGUAACUUUAUAUGACAGGUGUUUGUGAGGGAGCUGAUAAGAACURAUAAGAAGCAAGUAGCAACAGGAGGAAUGUGUAUUUCUGCCGUUACUGCUAAGUUUUCUUCCUCCCCCCCUCCUCUUCCUCUASACACCACCUCAAGGCCGAGAGUUUAAAGUGCUAAAAAAGGAGAGCUGACAGAUCAGGGCAGGUGGCAACGGACGCAGAGGAAACUCUGACUUUCACCUAACCCUCACAACACACACCCACUCUCCCUCACACACACACACAAUUAAACACUCAGAACACACACCCACUCUCCCUCACACACACUUUUCAGACCCGCGCUGGACUCCAGCAGAGUAUCAAAGCAGGAAGGAGGAUCUCACCCUGAGCAGAGGCAGAAUUUAAACUCCCAGCUGGGAUUUCUGACUUUGGCUCUGCAGAAAAUGCAUCCUCAAGUGGAAAGAGAGUGAGCCGGGCCCAGAAAGAUCAACAGAGGAUCACCUGACAUCUUCAUCUUUUGUGUUUUUCCAACAGAUAAUCCAGAAUAUAACCCAUCCAUCCAUCAUCCAUCAAAAACCAGGCAGUUCACAGGACAGAAGUGAGAAAGGUUCAAGUUUCUAAAGAUGGAGCAGGACACUCAACAAAUCUGGCAAAUGCAAACCUCCCCACCAGGAGAGGUGCAGAAGAAGAUCUCCGUGGCGGGCCAGCCGGAGUGCUCCAUCUGCUACAACACCUACGACAACGUCUUCAAAACGCCCAAGUUGCUGGAGUGCACUCACACCUUCUGUCUGGAGUGCCUCUCCCGCCUCAUGGCGGUCUCCUUAUCCGACCAGGAUGACAUUGGUGGCAGCGCACGGCUUUCGUGCCCCUUCUGCCGUCACCCCACCAUGUUGCCCGAGGAGGGACCUCCGGCCUUGGCCACCAGCCGCGAGGUCCUCUGCAAGCUUCCCAGCCACCAGCAGAAGGAGGAGCCGGUGUGGCUGGAGGGUGAGAAGCUGUGCUACAAGAGCUCCAGGCAGGACGCCAUGUCGGGCGCCCCCAACAGCCCCGUGGCCUUCUGCGUCUGCAUCGACAUUGGGGCCAGUAAGUCGGCGGACGCUCCCGUCCAGACAAGGCCCCGGACUCCGGGCCUGCUGGGCAGACUGGCGGACUGGAAGAGGUUGAUCCUCUUCUUUAUACUCAUGGUGCUGCUGGUCAUAGUUGUGUUGUGGCCCCUGCAGUGUGUAUUCAGCACUGGAAACCUGCGCUGCACAAAGGGCCAACAGCAAACCACCACCACAACUAGUCCCACUACUUAUACUCCCUUCAUCAGCAGGGCUGGCCUGAAAGGAUAGAACAGCUCAACUACGAGGACAAUGUGCAUAAAGAUGCUUUUUUAAAAACUUUUUUUUUUUUUUUUUUACUAUUUCUGGUUGAUGAAUCUCUUCGGAUAAUGUCCUGAUGCAUCUCAGUAAUCCAGGUAGAAAAAAAUCAAAAAGAAAAAAUAAGUAGGUCUUCUGGAC